AUGCAUCUUGUUGAUGGCAGCUAUUGUCUGACAUGUGGAUCGGAUAAAAAAAUCAAACUGUGGAAUCACAAAACCGGACUGCUACUCAAGACCUAUGGUGGUCAUGCCGAUGAAGUCACCGAUGCCAGAUCCAGUUGUGAGAGUAGUAAUAUCGUAUCGGCCAGCUUAGAUAAAAGUAUCAUCUAUUGGGAUGUUAGCACAGGGGCACCGGUAAGGCGAUUACGUGGUCAUGCCGGUGGUAUUAAAUGUGUUAGCUUUAAUGAAGAUUCGUCGAUUGCCAUAUCGGGUGGUCGGGAUAAUGCUGUCUUUUGCUGGGAUAUACGUACCCGACGCCUAGAGCCCGUGCAAAUGAUGCGAGAAGCCAAGGAUUGUAUUACGGCGGUGCUGAGCAAUGAAAAUAAAAUAAUUACCUCCUCUCUGGAUGGUUGUAUACGCCACUAUGACAUACGUGCUGGGGAAUUGACAGUGGAUAAAGUGGGUGUGCCCAUAACAUACCUGUGUAUGACACGUGAUGAACAAUGUUUGGUGGCUGCUUGCCAGGACGGUGUUGUUCGGCUGCUGGAUUGUGAAUCGGGUGGUAUAUUAUCGGAAUAUAAGGGCCACAGGGCCGAUGAUUAUCAAGUCGAAUGUGGUAUAAUGUCCAAUGAUGCCCACAUCAUAUCGGGUAGCAGUAAUGGUGAUGCAUUUGUAUGGGAUUUGUUGGAGGGUAAGGUGUUGCAGAACAUUGAAAUAAGUAAAACAGGAGGAGUUGUCCAUUCCCUGGCCACGCAUCCGAAAUUGAAUGAAAUUGUAUUUGCCCGUCGCCGUGAUAUUUAUGUAUUUAGCACGGAAUUUGAUGGUGAAGAUGAGGUAAUGGAGAUAAUUUAG